UUAUUGUUGUUUUUACUCUAGUUCGGCAAAGUGUAAUUUUCAUAUCUGAUUAUCAACGGAUUAAAUUGAAAAUUCUCUUCUAUUGCAGAUGACUGAAUGAGGCCCCUUAUAGAGCCAGUCAGGGCCCAGAUAUACUCAGCAGUUUAUGAUUUUUUUAAAAAUGAACAGGAAAUUUCUGCUGAUUCCAAAAUCAUUUGGGGGGGAAAAAGGAAGCAGGUCCACCUCUGUGGAGGUAUGUACUGAAUCUCACCUGGAUGUGGGUACUCUCAGAAUCUCACCUCCCUGCAAAUAUUCACAGAAUCUCACCUGGCUGAAGGUACUCACAGAAUAUAAAUUAGCAGUUUUCUUGGAAUUUAUCCCCCAUCUCUGUGAUUCAGGUGCAUCAUGAUCCAGAGUGAAAGAAGGAAUCUCCAGGAAUGGCUGAAAGAAAGGAACUAAGGUUUUGUAGAGUGGAGAUAUGCCAUCUACAUUAAUAUCUGGUUUCACCUCCAGGGGGCGAGCAUGGGCCCUAAAACUGGGUUAAACAGAGUAGAACGGGACUCAGUGGAAGUUUUCCAUAAAACCAGCUUUAUAGAUAUUUGUCUAUUGUGUGUAUAAGAAAAUUUGCAGACGCUAUAAAAGAGAUACGGUUUUUUAAUCUACUUAGAUCAGUGGUGCACAAACUGUGGAUCGCGACCAAGUUUGAGUCGCGGGACAUAUGUAUUGGUCGUGAAAUCAUUGAGUUUUCUCGGAUUUACACAAUUCGACGGCAUUCUCGCGGCGUUCUCGGGACACUCAGGAGGAUCUGCUGCCAUCUCGCGCUAUAAUGAAGGAAACGCAGACGGGAUGCAGCAGGAGCUGUGGAUGAGGGCAAAACUGCAGGUCCUCACCUCCCUCAAGCCAGUCAGUGCCAUGAUACCGGCGACUGCUUCCUUCCAAAAGUCCAACACUCGUAGGAACGAAACCAGUGCCGCACACGCGACAACCAGCAUCAACACUGAUAACGUAAAACCAGAGACCAGCAGCACAAAUCCAGUGACCUUGCCCACAGCUCUCCCAGCUUCAGCUAACCCCUUAAAAGCAUCCCGCACUCAUCAGGAACUCCACAAGGAGCUUCUGCUGGCACACAGAAAGGGUCUGGUUGUGUGCAGCAGGCCGGAGCUGCAGCUGGUUCUGGAGAGGAGGAGGAGGGAGCAGACGGAUAGGGAGAGGGGAGAGCAGGCCAGGACACCCCUGGAGCAGGUCCUUCUCAAGAGACAGCAGAGACACCAGGAGAAGGAGAGCCAGCAGGAGCACACACAGAAAGAGGAGCCUCAGCUGCUCGAGUUUGUGAGAGUGCGACAGAACCUCCGGAAGAUUCAUUCAGCACGGAACAAACCCACAAAUUCAGAGGCCCUGCCUGUGGAUGACUGACAGACAAGCACUGUCCCAUGGGACUUGCUGAACAUAGUAGGAAAGUGGCACACCUACUAACGUCCUGGGACAGGUCUGAGAAGGAAUCUCUAGUUGAUCCUCAAACUUUUUUAUUUCUUUCAUGGGUUUUGACGAAGUCACAUUGACUCAACCUUUCCCCAUCUGAAUCCCAUCUAAGUUCUGAUUGGAGUGUGCCUCAUAAUCUGGUUAAAUCAAGUGAAAUAUCUGUAGUUUUGUCAGAAGCUCUAAUCUCAGAAACUUGUGUGGGUCAUUGUUUUGAUUGCAUAUUCUUUUGCUAAAAAAAUCUUAUUCUCCAUAGAGUGCAAUAUAGUGCAAGAUACAUUCUCCUACAAUGUGUUAAUGCCUUCUAGGCAUUAAUACAUUCUAUAUAGGCAUUCUAUAUCUUUGUAUGAUUUUACCUCAAAAUUACAGGAGAGACAAGAGCUUUGUAGAAAGGUUAUGCUGGAGUUUUAUUUUAGAAACAGGCCGUGCUUCAAUUUUACAGCUAGAAAGAAAUUGUUCCUAGGCACCUUUCUUCCAAAGAUUGAUUAUGGUGAUGUCCAGUACAUGCACGCCUCUGCUUCUACCUUGCAGGAUACUGACACAGUCUAUCACGGUGCCUUACUUUUCAUUACUAAUGCCAAAUCUCUCACUCAUCCUUGUCUUUUUUCUUUCUUUUUUUUUUUUUGAAAGGGCAGGCCUGCCAUCUUUAGUUAACCGCAGAUGGCUUCACUGGUACAUUUCUGAUUAUAAAGCCAUUUAGGGUGACUCCCUAGCUAUUUAAAUUGCCUCUAUUUUUUGUUUUUUUGUUUUACUGGAAUAAGAGUUCUUACAACCUCCUUUCACAAGCCUGCCUUUUUACUGUACCUCACCCUUCCACAGAAUUUGGAAAGAUAGCUUUAGUUUUUAUGCCCCAUGGUCCUGGAACCAGCUCAAGACGGACAAUAUGCUGGACUGCUUCAUCCAUUUGGAUGAUUUUAAGAGGAUAUUGGAAUCCUUAAAAACUGAUGUUGAUAAUUGUUACCUGAAAUGUAUCAUGUAUAAUUUGUGUUUUUUUUUUUUAUGUUUCUUUGUGUGUGGUGUUUUAUGUUGUAAACUGCUUCUUGCUUCUCUUGGCCAGGGUUCCCUUUAAAUGUGAUGGAUAUUUCAAUAGAACUCACCUGAUAAAAUAAAGGAGAAAUAAAUAAAAUAAAGAAAUUUAA